AUGCCAGAUCAUCUCGGCUCUGAUCAACGGAAGGUCAAAGACAAGGAAGGAGAGGAGGAGAAACCAAUUCAAUCUCUGGAUGAAGGUGAUAUUGCAUUGCUGAAAACCUAUGGUGUCGGCCAGUACACGAAGGCCAUCAAGGCCGUGGAGGAAGACAUCCAGAAUGUGCUCAAAAGUGUCAAUGAGCUGGCGGGGAUCAAGGAGUCAGACACAGGUUUGGCUCCUCCAGCCUUGUGGGACCUGGCCGCAGAUAAACAGACCUUGCAGAGUGAGCAACCACUUCAGGUGGCUCGCUGUACCAAGAUCAUCAAUGCAGACUCUGACGACCCCAAGUAUAUCAUUAAUGUGAAACAGUUCGCCAAGUUUGUGGUCGACCUUGGUGAGCAGGUGGCUCCUACAGACAUCGAGGAGGGCAUGCGGGUUGGGGUGGAUCGUAACAAGUACCAGAUCCACAUUCCGCUGCCCCCAAAGAUUGAUCCUACGGUCACCAUGAUGCAGGUGGAGGAGAAGCCCGAUGUGACGUACAGUGACGUGGGCGGCUGCAAGGAACAGAUCGACAAGUUGAGAGAAGUCGUGGAGACCCCGCUCUUACAUCCAGAGAGGUUUGUGAACCUAGGAAUUGAACCCCCGAAGGGAGUGCUGCUGUUCGGACCACCAGGGACUGGCAAGACCCUUUGUGCCCGAGCUGUGGCCAACAGAACUGACGCCUGCUUCAUCAGGGUCAUUGGUUCGGAGCUGGUGCAGAAAUAUGUGGGAGAGGGAGCUCGAAUGGUCCGGGAACUGUUUGAAAUGGCCCGUGCAAAGAAAGCCUGUAUCAUUUUCUUUGAUGAGAUUGAUGCUGUUGGAGGUGCUAGGUUUGACGAUGGUGCUGGCGGAGAUAACGAAGUUCAGCGGACCAUGCUGGAGCUGAUAAACCAGCUGGAUGGGUUCGAUCCCAGGGGAAACAUUAAAGUCCUCAUGGCCACAAACCGGCCGGACACACUUGACCCAGCCUUGAUGAGACCAGGCCGCCUGGACAGAAAGAUAGAGUUUGGACUUCCAGACCUAGAGGGUCGGACUCACAUCUUCAAGAUCCACGCCCGCUCCAUGAGUGUGGAGAAGGACAUCCGCUACGAGCUGCUAGCUAGGUUGUGUCCCAACAGCACGGGUGCAGAAAUCCGCAGUGUGUGUACAGAGGCCGGCAUGUUCGCCAUCCGAGCCCGCAGGAAAAUGGCUACAGAGAAGGACUUCCUGGAGGCAGUCAACAAGGUCAUCAAAGCCUAUGCCAAGUUCAGCGCCACGCCACGUUACAUGACCUACAACUAG